CUGCAGCCGCUCCCCAGCGCAGGACCGGCCUCGGGGGGACCGGGGGGUCCCCGGGAGUCAUGGGGGGCCGGAGGCGCCCCCCCAUAGCCGGACCCUGCCCGCCCCAGCUGGACACCUAGCCCAGAGGGCGGGGGCGGGGAAGGGGGUCCCCCCAGAUCCGGGGGGGCUAUGCCUCGCACCCCCAAAGCCCCCCGCCUCCACCAUGGGAGCUGCCGCCUCCAAGAGGAAGGCCCUGAGGAACGAGGCCAUGUCGUCCGUGGCGGCCAAAGUCCGAGCAGCCCGAGCGUUUGGAGAGUACCUUUCCCAGAGUCGCCCUGAGAGCCGGAAUGGCUCAGAUCACCUGCUGGCGGAGCCCAGCGCAGGCCCGGAGGACUCCCCGGAGGUGCCCCAGGCCCCGCAACACAAACGCCGCCUCUCCCUCAUCUCGGACGGCAAGAUGGAGCGCAGCUUCUCGGAGGAGGGCUCCGGGGAGGGGGCGACCCCGGGCGAGGGGCCCGAGCCGCGCGUCUACACCAUCUCCGGCGAGCGGCCCAUGCUGUCGGACCCCGAGGGCGAGGGCAUCGAGCUGGGGGCCGUGAGGGGCUGCCGUCGGGGCGGCCACCACCGCGGCCAACCUCUGCAGGGCCCGGACGGGGCCCACGACCCGGCCAGGCCCUGCCGCAGCUGGGGGGGCAGCCGCCAAGGAUCCAAGGAGUGUCCAGGCAGUGCCCAGCCGGCCCCGGCUCCCCCGGGCCUGGCCCUCGACCAGGAGCCACCACCGGCCCAGGACGCGGCCGGGCGGAGGAAGAAGCUGGAGAGGAUGUACAGCAUCGACCGUGGGUCCGACAACGUGCUUCCGAUCCGGACCUGGUUCCCCAAGGAGAAUCCUUUCAGUUUUCAGACCGCCACGACCACUAUGCAAGCCAUCUCGGCUUUCAGGGGCUACGCGGAGAGGAAGCGCCGGAAACGGGAGAGCGAUUCGGCGGCAGUUAUCCAGAGGAAUUUCCGGAAGCACCUAAGGAUGGUUGGAAGCCGGAGAGUGAAAGCCCAGACGUUUGCCGAGCGCCGCGAGAGGAGCUUCAGCCGAUCCUGGAGCGACCCCACCCCUGUCACGGCCGACUCUCUCCACGACUCGCGAGACAGCCACGAUCUCCAGAACUCCUGCAAUGACCUGGACGAGGACUUUGAAGACCUGCACUGGGAGGCGGAGAAGGAGCUGGAGGCCGCGGCUUGUGACUCCGACGACUUCGUCCCACCCAAGAUCAUGCUCAUCUCCUCCAAAGUCCCCAAAGCGGAGUACAUCCCGACCAUCAUCCGCCAGGAUGACUCGUCCAUCAUUCCCAUCCUCUACGAUCACGAACACGCCACCUUCGAAGACAUCCUAGAGGAGAUUGAGAAGAAGCUGGCCAUAUAUCACAAAGGCGCCAGGAUCUGGAAGAUGCUUAUAUUCUGUCAGGGGGGCCCCGGCCACUUAUAUCUGCUGAAGAACAAGGUGGCCACUUUUGCCAAAGUGGAGAAGGAGGAGGACAUGAUCCACUUUUGGAAGCGGCUGAGUCGCCUAAUGAGCAAAAUCAACCCUGAACCAAACGUCAUUCACAUCAUGGGCUGCUACAUCCUGGGGAACCCCAAUGGAGAAAAGCUAUUUGAGAACCUGAAGACCCUCAUGAACCCUAACAAGGUGGCCUUUGAGUCUCCUCUGGAGCUGUCAGCUCAAGGGAAGCAAAUGAUUGAGACUUACUUCGACUUCCGCCUCUACCGCCUCUGGAAGACCCGCCAACACUCAAAGCUCCUGGACUACGAUGACAUCUUAUGAGCCCGGGAGCGCAGGUGGAAGGGAGGAGAUGAUCGCUAACCAAGCCCACGUGGGCUUGUCACCACAAGACUUUAUUUUCCCCGGUGGGGCAGGGGGGAGCGGGCCAAGGCCCGCCUUUCGCCCCCCCACACCGGCCCGGGGCCGGGAAGGGGCAGAGGAACGACUCCCCGCGUUUGGGGAGAAAGCCGGACAGAGCGACGGGGCCCAAGACGUGGACUCUGUCAACCCCAGCCGGCCCGGAGUCCCCGCCGAGGGGCCGGUGGUGACGGCUGGAGGGUGGAGUUUCCUCACAGGACUGAGCUGCUUCAGGGCUGGCUGGAUCCGAAUUCACUUCCGGUCCUUUUAAGACAUUUUCGAGCUCAGGUUUUCUUACAGAACAAAUACGGGACCGUCCUCCCACUAAGGCCCGGAAGAGAGGCAGGGCCUGAGCGGGGACAAUUAUCCCCUCCACCUGAUUGGGUGCCCAGGAGAUCGAAGAGGGCUCGGGCCUUGCCAGCCUCUUCGACCCACGAGAGCCUCGGGCUGGCGGGCACCGGUGACUGAAGAGCGUCGCCUGCCAGGGGCCUCAGAGAGAACAAGUGCAAUUUCUACUCACUUAGAGGAAUCAAGUGAGGACGGAGGCGAUUUAAUUAGUUAGCAUAACACACCAGUAACCAAUAGACAAAGUGUUUCAGUCUGCCUGAAAAUAUAUUCAGAAAGGAAAUAUAUCUUCCGUGGACAUAUUUAAUCACCAGCAACGUGGUCGGACGUCGCCAGCAGGCCAGGGUGCCCCUGGAUUGUACCGCAGAAUAGCUCCGUCGAACUAACGGUGGGGGCUUUUUCGAAGGGGGGUUUCCGUCCCUUUUAGAAUUGGCUCGGCCGUUUCCGCCGCUGGCCGAACUCCCCCUUCCUCCUCGGGCGGCCAGAGAGGUCCGUCCGAGCGGGGCCUCGGGGGCCUCUGUCGGAGGCGGGCGGCGGGGAAGUUUUUGUCAUUUGCCGCUCCGGAGACGCCUUUCGGCGUGGGGGCUUUCGCCCCCAAAGAAGGCCAUUCGGGGACUCGGGGUAUUGGAAGGACACCGGUGGGAUGCUUCUGGAAGUACGUCGCACUGGUGACUUUCGAUGCUGGGAGUUUCUCCCUCCGCCAUAGUCCCCAGGAAGUCAGCUCGGGGAACACCAUUUUCUACCGGAUUCACCAUCUCACCGAUCUCAGCCGUUUCACCCCGGAUGACUUCCCGGAGGCUUCUAGAUGCCGGGGGCAGCCUCUCUUUUCCAAGGGACAGGACGCCCCGGGUUUUCCUCAGUUCCCGGGAGACGCUUUUCGAUGUCGACUCUGCAGCGUGGCGGGCCGGGAGCUGGUGGCGGAAGGCGGAAGAGGCGGCUGUGGACUGUCCCGUUCGUUUUGUCGGGAGAGCACGAGAGCGGGGCAGAGGAAGCUGUUGCUUUGGUCGGUGGCCGUCCCCGGGUCCCCAUAGGAGAAGAUUCAGUGGAGACCCGAGGGAGGGGUCAGCUAGGUUUAGAGUUGGGGGGCCUCCUCCUCGCCCCUCCCCACUAUGGGGGUUGGGGCGGGGAUUCGGGCCCAAGCCGGGCCACCGACUGACUCAUGAUUUUUCUUGGCUCGGAAACAGCAUCCCUUGUGAGCGCUCCGGAUCCAGGAUGACCUCUGACCUCCUGGAUAUGGCCUCCUGGAAACUCCGGCCCGGUGAGGCGAUAGGGGAGGUGGGCUACCGGCACCGAGCUGGAUGGCCGUUUCGGAUGUGACCUCCGGGGGAUGGCCCGGUCCGUUGCUAUGGUUAGCGGGGUCCCAAGGGGCUGGGUGUCGGGGGGUUGUCUGUUUCCGGGAGCCCGGCCGCACGGUGUCAGGAAGGAAAUCGCCAGAGGGACCUUGACCCCCAAGCUCUUUCAGCUGCCCUGAGGCACCGGGUGAGUUUCUGGGCACACCUAGUCCAUGCCGUGAUUCAUAUUAUCUAGAGAGAUUAAGCCAACACAAUUAAAUUGUGUCACAGUGACACUUCCCUGUCUAACCCCUCUCCUGCCCAUCUUCAGAGGAUAAGUUGCUUCGCUGGUCAGAGGGCGGGGAAGCCUGGACGGCCCUUUGGGGGAAAAGGAGGCACUCGGAUGUAGCCGCCUGACCGUGGCCGUGGGAAGAGCUCCGGGCCUGGGGAGGUCUGGGCGGGAGAGGGGGACCACUGCCCCUUAGGAGCUGGUGAGCCAGAAAUUGGGGUAAGGGGAAAGAUCCGCCUGCAUCAGCUGCUGGCAGCUUUGGCGAUUUGGGGGGCACAGAGAUGGUUUUCCUGUGGCCUUGGACAGGAGUUUAAGCUCCAGUCGGGAGGCUGAGUUUCCAGAGGAGGUUGGCUCUCUGAAGGUCCCCUGAGGCGUCUGAGCCCUCUAGGGCGGGCAGACCCCCGUGGGUGGACCUCACAGAGUAUCGGGAGUCCUUGGCACACCUCUUCUCCCUCCCCCCGGCAGAAGGGAAGUCAGGUUGGAGCCACCGGGUGGGUUUUCUGGGGUUGAAGUCGGCCAAGAAUCAGGCUGGCCCCCGUGAGAGGACCCUUUAGAUAGCCUGGAAGUCAGGAGCACUGGGACUGGAGGCCGUGGGAGCUGCCAGGGUGAAACACCCAAGCUCGCCAGGAAGACCCGGGACCUGCCGAGAGGGCGUGAGUUCGACUUGGGCUCCUGCUACUCAGUGUCUUUGCGGGGAGGCCCUCCUGGUCUUGGAGCGCUGGGGUGAGGUGGGCUGAUUGGCCUCUCUCUCCAGCCACAUUGGGAAUCGCUCCCGGCUCCCACAGUGCCCAUUGGCGGGGGUUGUGCUCUGCUCUGGAGGGUCCUUGAGGACCCCAGACCCGGGCAGCUUUCUGUCCAGCCCCCGCCGUCCUGCCUCCAGCCCUGUUUCCCGGGCAGGGUCCUCAUCCCGACUCCCACCAAGCCCCAUCUGCUCCUCCCUCUCCAUCCCCAGAGCCAGCUAGAUAGACAUGCCCCUGUCCCCUCCCUCCCACCUUGGGGAGGGGCUCAGACCCUCCCCCUUUUGCCGCUUGCCCCGCCAGAAUCCUCCCUCACCCUCCGAGGGACGUUCAGCUAGUCUCUCCCGGUUGACCCGGCCUUGAGCGCCCACCUGAUCUCAGGCCUCAGUUUCCUCAUCUGUGAAGUGGGGAGGCAGUGGCAGAUCCGUGACAAGGGCCUCCCCUCUCCUCCAUUGCUGCCCCUUGAUCCCCCCCACCCCGGGGCCCCCCAAAUCGUGGUCAGGUUGGCGGGAGAGGAGGGAUGCUGAAGCCCCCUCAGUCCUGGCCUCCCACCUCAUCCACCACAUGGUUCAGGGGCCACCGUUCCGAGGGGGUUGCGCUUGCCCCGGUGGCAACCAGGUGCCCAAUAAGCCCGAGGAGGGGAUGGGGUUGCUGUCAGACCCCUGUUCUGGGGGGUGUUGCCCAGUGCACUGUGGGAACCGGAGGCCACCCUCCCUCCAGCAUUACUGCCCCUGCACCUUGACCCUCUGGGCUGACCACCAUGGGCCAGCUUGAGGUUGGCAGGGCAAGGGGGUCAGGUGAUCCCUGUUCGCCCCAGAAUACCCUAGUAUCCGCCCAGCCUUGCCCUCCCUUGGCACCGCCAGGGUCAGGAUGGGAGCCAAGGUUCAAGCGGGAUGCCGGCUGUGGGGCGGGCACAGGCCCCGGGGAAAACGGGAAGCGGCCCUGACCGGGCCCUCGGGAUUCCGGGUUCCGAGGGCGGGCGCACUGGUUCACGCCCACCGCAAGUGUGCCUCAGGGACCAGGUGCCCUUUGACCCCUCAGGGAUAGGCCCUUCCUCAGGCGAUCAGGGGCCUCCAGAGGGCAUUAAAUCCAUCCCCCUGCCUCCAGGCAGGACUGUGCCUAGCCCAACCAGGUGGAGGAGUGAAGAAGUUGCUCCCUCAGCCUCCCGGUCCAGUGCUCCCACCGUGGAGGCGUAAAUUCCGUCCCGCCCUGUGCUCGACUAUCUUUUUUUCCCUGUGCUAUUUGUUAAGCUCUUGCUCCGUGUCAAGCACAGGGAUGGGAGGGACGCCCCACGGCCAGGAGAGCCCCAGGUAGCCAAAGCCCCGGCAUUCAGUCUCUUUGGGGUCGGCUCUAGGGGUCCAAACAGUCACCUCAGGGGGACCCCGCUUUGACC